GCCGUGUCACGUGGGCCCCCGCUCCAGCUCCCGCCGCCGCCGCCACCGCUCCCGCCGCUGUCUUUCUCUGUGUCGGGUGAGGCAGCCAUCUUGCUCUUGCCGCGUGCUGGUGUUGGAGGACCCUCCCUGUUUCAGAUUUAUCAACAGCAUGAAUCAAGAAAAGUUAGCCAAACUUCAGGCUCAGGUCCGGAUAGGGGGCAAGGGUACAGCUCGCAGAAAGAAGAAGGUGGUACACAGGACAGCUACAGCUGAUGACAAAAAGCUUCAGAGUUCUCUAAAAAAACUGGCUGUGAAUAAUAUAGCUGGUAUUGAAGAGGUGAACAUGAUUAAAGAUGAUGGGACGGUUAUUCAUUUCAACAACCCCAAAGUCCAAGCUUCCCUCUCUGCUAACACCUUUGCAAUUACUGGUCAUGCAGAAGCUAAACCAAUCACAGAAAUGCUUCCUGGAAUAUUAAGUCAGCUCGGGGCUGACAGCUUAACAAGUCUCAGAAAGUUAGCAGAACAGUUCCCCCGACAAGUGUUGGAUAGCAAAACACCAAAACCAGAAGACAUCGAUGAAGAGGAUGAUGAUGUUCCAGAUCUUGUAGAAAAUUUUGAUGAAGCAUCAAAGAAUGAAGCAAACUAAAAUCUUUUCUGGUUUUUGGAAGCUGGCAUGGACUAGAUUUAACAAAUCAGCUAUGUGGUUCCAAAGUUUCACAGACAUGGAGAGCAUCACAUUACUAGUACAGUAAUAUAAAUAUUUUGUAUAUUAACAAUGCUGUUUAUUCAGCAUUUUUUUGGUCAUUUGAUUUUGCAUUUUGCACUUCCAGGAUCUAUACUUUUGGUCAAAAUAUGAAGUAGUGGUGCAGUUUGAGGGUGUUUUGGUUUUAGAUUCUUCUUUUUGUGGGGGGGUAUCUUUGGUGUAUGUAUGUAUAUGUAUGCGUGUGGUAUGUGUGUUCACAGUGGAGAGCAAAUUGGAAGACAGUUCUAUUUAUCCUCUCCUUCUCUAGUAGAAAUAAAACAAAUCUUUCCACUUGUUACCUUUUUUUUCCCCCAAUAAUGCACAGAAUUAAUGAAAAAUGAGUAUUUGACUUCAGAUCUAAAGAGUUUUGUUUUUUAUAUCAUUGGAGGUCUGGUUUUAAUUUACUUGGUUAACUAUCAUAGUUUUCAUGUAUUUUUCUGGGUUUAAAAUGUCUUGAGACAUUUUUGCCAUCCCUUGUAGCUGAAGUGUAACAAGUUGGGUAUCUUUGGUGUGAUUGCCUUAGGUUCACUCUACCUAUUCAGACCCAGAAGAACUUCUUUUACUACCUUUCUUCCUGAUAGGCUAUUUCCCCUCUCCUUUUGGUCUUUAAAUAGCCUGAUCAGUCUUUGGUAAUUAAUAUUCUUCCUCACCUUCUGCCUAGCCUGAGAGGAAUGUUCUCCAUUCAGAGUUAAGUGAGUGCCUAGUACCUCUUUUUGUAAGAUUUUUGUUCCCUUAUCUUGAGGAACAGCAACUCCAUCUUCAGCUUUUUAUUUCUCCUCAAUGUUACCGUUUGGUAGACUUCAAACUAAAAUAGCAUGUGCUUUUUUUUUUUUUUUUAAAGCAUGUGCUUGCCAUAAAACAUUUAUGCCAGCCAUAUCCUGUAUCCUAGCUGUCCUCAGGAGCAGGUGCAAGAAUGCCUCUUUUCUGGCAAAGCUGACAUUUGGAAUGUCCUUUUUAAUGA